GAAGGACUAAGUCGGAACCAGUCGCGCGGUGGCUGAGGGUGUCGGCGCGGUCUGUCCGUGGCGGUGCAGAGGAGAGCGGCUACCGCCAUGAUUGAACAACAGAAGCGCAAGGGUCCGGAGUUGCCGCUGGUUCCAGUCAAGAGGCAGCGGCAUGAGCUCAUGUUGGGAGCGGCGGGGUCGGGCCCUGGAGCGGGACAGCACCCCCCGGCGCCGGGAGCUCUGCUGCAAGCGGGUCCUCCAAGGUGUUCCUCCCUUCAGGCCCCAAUCAUGCUUCUCUCGGGACAUGAAGGGGAAGUGUACUGCUGCAAGUUUCACCCCAAUGGAUCCACCUUAGCAUCUGCAGGAUUCGACCGAUUGAUAUUGUUGUGGAAUGUCUAUGGUGACUGUGAUAACUAUGCAACAUUGAAGGGGCACAGUGGAGCAGUGAUGGAACUGCAUUAUAACACAGAUGGCAGUAUGCUCUUCUCAGCAUCCACAGAUAAAACUGUGGCAGUGUGGGAUAGUGAAACAGGUGAAAGGGUUAAAAGGCUGAAAGGACAUACUUCCUUUGUGAAUUCCUGUUAUCCGGCCAGGAGGGGCCCCCAGCUUGUCUGCACUGGAAGUGAUGAUGGUACAGUUAAGCUUUGGGACAUCCGGAAGAAAGCAGCCAUCCAGACAUUUCAGAAUACCUACCAGGUGUUAGCUGUGACCUUCAAUGACACAAGCGAUCAGAUUAUUUCGGGUGGAAUAGACAAUGAUAUCAAGGUCUGGGACCUGCGUCAAAACAAGCUGACCUACACCAUGAGAGGCCAUGCAGAUUCAGUGACUGGCCUGAGUUUAAGUUCUGAGGGUUCUUAUCUUCUGUCCAAUGCAAUGGACAAUACAGUGCGGGUCUGGGAUGUCCGGCCAUUUGCUCCCAAAGAGAGAUGUGUCAAGAUAUUUCAAGGAAAUGUGCACAACUUUGAAAAGAAUCUUCUGAGAUGUUCUUGGUCACCUGAUGGAAGCAAGAUAGCAGCUGGCUCAGCUGACAGGUUUGUGUAUGUGUGGGAUACAACAAGCAGGAGGAUUUUGUAUAAGCUUCCGGGCCACGCUGGCUCCAUCAAUGAAGUGGCUUUCCACCCUGACGAGCCCAUCAUUCUCUCAGCAUCCAGUGACAAGAGACUGUAUAUGGGGGAGAUCCAGUGAAGAUCAGAAAUGGAAGACUCCAGGGCUGCCUGACCUCAGACUGCGUCCGUGGCAUCAAGUGGUGCCCAAGCCAGCAUCCUCCCUUCAGACGAAGAUCUAGAAACCCGUAGGAGGUGGCCGUAUUCCAACAACCACAUGCAUCUCGUUUCACCAGGACGGAUGGUUAAAGCAAGCUUACAGCGGCCUCUAAAAACCACCUGCCACAUUUCAGGGACUGUUUGGUUUUUUCUUCUUUACUUUUUAUUUCUUCAAAGGGGCAGACAUUGGUUGGUUUGUAGCUUCCUGUUUUCUCAUCCAGAUUGAAGACAGGGAUGUGACUGAAAUCUGCUUAUUGGGGGUUUAUUUUAAUUAUUGGCUUGUAUAUUUUAUUUCUGUGUUUCUCUGAGUCAUUUUGUAUUAAAAGCCAAAUAGAUGCCUUUUUACAAGA